CAAGUUUACAUUUGUGUUAAACAUGGCCGACCUGGGAGGAUUGGAAGGCUAAAAAAUAAAAGUUAAUUAAGUUGCAGCAGAAGUAGUGGAAAAGUCUGCGUUUUUUUAUAUACUGGCAAUGUUUUUUCUGAUGUAAAGGAGUUUAUAAUUGACAGAAACAUGGGAGAAAGAUUUGAAUGGGUUGAAAUCAUUGAGCCAAGUCGCCAAGAGCAUAUGUUUGCUAAUUUAAAAACUGGUCAAUGUUUAUGGGAGCCACCCGAUGGUGUGAUUGUAAAACCAACACAUGAGAACCAAUGGUGGGAGCUUUAUGAUUCUAGAACACGUAAAUAUUAUUAUUACAAUGCAACAUCACAAAAAACUGUAUGGAGACGACCAAAGGAUGGGGAUAUAAUUCCAUUGGCUAAACUUCAGAUGCUGAAAGCAAAAGAGGUGGAAAAGAAGAAUACGAAUAUUUCAAAAGAGAUAUCCAAUACUUCCCUUGAAGAAAUAGACAAAAACAAUAGUGUUGAUGAUAAGGCAUACACAGGGAAGAGUGUUAACUCCAGUGAGCAUCCAUAUGAAGAUAUAAACUCGAACAGUAAUUUAGUAGAACAAACGAAAGAAGCACAGAAAGCUGCCAAUGAACUGCAAAUUUCAAACAGUACAGAAGAUAACAGUCCCAUUGAUUCAGGAGUAAACAUUGAAAACGUGAAAAAUAACGUAAACACUUCUAAUAGUCUUAUUAUUGCUCAUGAACCUGACAAUAUGUUGGUUUCAGAAAAGUUUCCAGAAGAACCAGUUUAUCAGAAUGUAAACUUUGAGGUUAGGGAAAGCAAAGAAAUGGAAGCAAUGCCCACCGAACAUUUUGUUUCUCCAAAAAGCGCAACCUUACCCAGGACAAGUGUAACUCAACCUAUUGCAGAAAAACCAAAGUUUAAUUCAGUUAGAAAUAAAGCACCACCAAAGAAGCCUCCUAGAACGCUAACAAACGUUGUGGUAGAUCUGUGUCAGUCGAAGGAACUAAUGGCUAUGAAGAGAAGCCCUAGAAAGGAAACUAGUUUUGAAAAUAAGGAAAAUGCAAGUUACGUUGUGACUAUGGAAAGUAGCCCUAGCUUAACUCGUAAAUUGCCGAGUGAGAAACCAAGCCAGCCACCUACACAAAAGCCUUUAAAUGUCAAGCUGGCAAUGUCUGAUGCAACUAAUAUUCGAAAAGUUAAGGGGUCUUCACCCCCACCACCUACCAGUCCAAAGCCAACAUCUGUAGGAUCGCCUGUACCUCCAGCCCCACCACUACCUGCUAUUCCAGCCGGCUCACAAAGACUGCAUUCUGUGUAUGAUAACGUCAACAACACAAUGUCAAUGUAUGACAAUGUAUCAGACAACGACGACUUAGAUGAAACACAAAACAGUGCAAUGUCUACAUCUCCAAGACUGCGGAACAUAUCUGGUUCAUCAGAUGAAAACACAACUCCCAGCGGUACACUUCUUCGGACAGAAACAGCACCUCCUGGAAAUCGUACAUCAUGUUAUGAAAGACUAAAUGAUGAUGAUACGCCAAGUGACCCGCCAUCCUCAUCACAAUCGCCACGAAAUCCACACCAGUCAGAUUCUGAUCGAUCGCCUCCUGCCAAGCGUAGUCCAUUGACCAGGAUGAAAUCAGAUCCAUCUGAUAUGGAAAAGAAGGCGAAGCUUUCAAAAAUAUCUAAUGCAGUUCAUAAUUCACAAUUCCGACCAGUUUCAAUGAUGAAUUUGUCAUCAGGUUCGUCGACGUUAAAAGCUAAAAGGCUUUCUUCAGAAUCAGACAUCCCUGAAAAAGUUCCAUUAAACACUCAUCGUAGGGGUUUAUUUAGAAGGAAGAUGUCUAUCCACAGUAUGUUGUCAUGGUCAAAGACUCAAAUCAAGAAACCGAUGGUUCUAACAAGAAAUAAACAAUUACGAAAAGACGCUGUAGACGUGUUUAAACUUAUACUUCAAUACAUGGGUGACAAAUCUACGAGGAAGAGCUUAGACACACUAUCCGUUGACCUGACAACCAGAGGAUGGAGCACUCCGGCUUUGCGUGACGAAAUAUUCAUUCAGCUGUGUAAACAAACGACUCAUAAUGAAAAACCGACAAGUUUAAAACGUGGUUGGGAGUUAAUAACAGCUUGUUUAUCAAUAUUUCCCCCGUCUAGUAAAUUUCAUUCCUAUUUGGAAGGUUAUAUAUCCAGAAACCUAGAUGAUGAAUCUAAUAAUCCACAGGCACAAGUAGAGAUGUAUGCGAAAUAUUGUUACAAGCAGUUAGAGAGAAUCUGUCAAACUGGUGCAAAGCGUGGUCUGAAGGGUCCCACCGUAGACGAAAUACAUGCAGCGAUUAAACGUGUGUUCAACCCAUCCUUGUUCGGUAACGCACUCGAAGAUAUUAUGGAAAUGCAACAAGAACGAUAUCCUGAUUAUCGGCUACCGUGGAUUUUAACUACUUUAACAGACGCUGUUCUAAUACAAAACGGACUUCAAACAGAAGGAAUAUUUAGAGUUCCUGGCGAUAUAGACGAAGUCAACUCUUUAAAAGUGAUGAUCGACAACUGGAAUUUUCCCGAGCAUCUUACAGACCCGCACAUACCGGCUUCGCUCCUCAAAUUAUGGUUCCGUGAUUUAUUCGAGCCGUUAAUACCGCAAAAGUUCUAUGACCAGUGUAUACACAACUGCGAUAAUCAAGACAUCUGUUUAAACAUCGUCAAUUCUUUGCCUCCCUUAAACAACCUGGUCUUCUCAUAUCUUAUUCGUUUACUGCAAGCUUUUAUGAUACCAGAAAAUGUUAGCAUAUCGAAAAUGGAUGAGAACAAUUUAGCGAUGGUCUGGGCGCCAAACUGUUUGCGUUGUCCCUCCGACGAUCCGCGGGAAAUCUUCGAGAAUACGCGCAAAGAAAUGACGUUUUUACGGACUGUAAUGCAAUCAUUAGAUACGAGUUUUCUGGAAGGCGUCGUGUGAUUUAAAAUUUAAUUUAUUAUAUCUUAUAUAUAUAUUAUACAUAAUCGAAUUAAAGUAAUGCUUUUCUACUAUGGCGUGGCGCCCAUGUAGUCGCCCUACCGUGCCCAAGUCCGCAGUUCUGGUUGAUACCACGUGACCUUAAUGUAACACCAAUCGAUGCAUGCGUGAAAGGAAUUAAAUAGACAACAAACAAAAUUUGUAAAAGUGGUACUUUUAAUGAAUUAUGUCCCACUUCGUGCAGCAGUGAGCAAAAGCUCUAUUGGUCAUUAAUGGAAACUACCCUAAGAAUUCGUUUUGUUCUUUGUUCAGGUUUUGUUCAAUAUAUUAAUAAAACUACUUCGAAUACAGUACUUUUUAAAUAUCUUGUAUCUACUAUCAUGAAAAGAAGUACUGGGUUUGAAGCUUGUGAAAUUAUUUUUAUAUAUUAUGACGCAGUCAAAUUUGCACCGUGUUUAAAUGCACUGCUAGAGCCGCACUUUUUUUUAAAUUCUUAUAUUUAAAGAAGUAAAGUAGAUGUCCAAUCCUUUCUUACGCAUCUCUAAGUUCGAAGUAUAUGUUUUCAUUGUCGGACAAUAAUAUUCUAGUAAAAUCCAGCCCAUAAAAUCCCCAUUGGCGUAGAGUAUAUAUGUAUUAAUUUAUGCAGCGCUAAUUUAUGCCAAUACACUACAGCAAAUAAUUUAUCAAUCGUGUAAAUUCAUGUUUAAAUGUCAGUCUGAGCGUUUUGUAUACUUCAUAAAAAAAUGUCUAAGAAAUAUUUGGUUUUCUUUCGUCUCUGGUCUGCCGCUCUUACCCACUAUUCUUGAUUUAACUGCAUGUUAGUGCGAUAAAGUACACGUAAAACAUCUGCGAGUGAGUGUGCAUUAGCACUUUUGUAAGUAACGAGUAUUAAUUAUUAUUUGGUGUAAUUUUUGUAUAUAUUUGUCAUUUUUUUUAAAACCUGUAAAAUUCAUGAAUUUUUUUCCACGAUAAUAGAAAAGCAAUGUGGAUCGUGCUGUAAUUCUUUUUUCUAAUCGCCCAGGGGCGGGAGAAGACGGGCGGUAAAGGGUUGCCUUAGUUUUUUUAGGACAGAAAGAGGUGAGGCUAUAUCCCCGAGACCUUGAAAUACUGGGUUGAUGUCCAGCGGGGAAUAGUCUAUCAUUACCCUUGGACUCGCAUUUAUUGUGUCUGUCAGAUUGUCAGAAAUGUAUAAGACCUAAAUUUUACCCUGUGUAUCUGACAAGGGAACCGCCUGUCGUACGAUAGAAAGGCUUAGCAUUUUUAACUACUAUGUAUCCUCCUAAUGAUACGUCAAAUUUAGGUUAUUGUUAGCAAUUGCAUGUCUUUUUUUAUAAGAAACGUACUUUUUUGGUUUAAUCUGGAUGUUUCUUAAAUUUUAUGGAGAUUCUUUUUAAAUAUUUGGACUCAACUCCUGUUUUAUAGCGUUAAAAAUUCUUUUAGCAAGAUACCUGCCAAUUUAUUAACUUGUCAACUUUUUCAAUAUUUUGCGAGAAGUUGAAAGUACCCAUCUUCUCCCUCCUUUCCCACUUUUUCAAUGUCGGAUAGUCGCUGUAACAGUAUUUUAAUUUUGAGAUAUUAAGUAGAAAGGCCGUAAAAUGUUGAGGGAGUAAGGAAGAGAGUAAGUUUUGGUAAAAAAAGACUGAUUAUCCUAUUAUUUGUGCACACGAUUGUCUCAGUUUUAUUGGACUUUUUGCAAAGCAAUUGAGCUUCGCAAGCGAAGCGAAAUUGUGGAGCACGUUUGCUACGCGAAGUAUACCAAGAGAAUUAUUGAGAUUCUCAAAAUUUCGAUAGAAAAAAAAUCAUAUAAAAUCAGCUUAAGGAGAUAUGACUGAUAUUUUUUCUCGAAUAGGUAGGUUAUUUUUUUGUCUAAUAGAACAAAUAAGUUUGGACCAAGCAGCUCUUAUAAAUGUUAGCUAAAAAUGCCAGUAAAUAGGCUUUGUACCCCCCUACCCCCCGUCUUUCGUACCCCCCCCCCCCCGGCUAUCGGCUAAAUUGAAUUAUCGUGUAUUUUACAGACCUAACACAAAUACAUAGUUUAUACCAAGUGCUGAUAAUAAUUGGCUUAGCUGGCAUGCUAUUUCUCUUAAUAUUUGCACUUGGAAAGCUUGUAUAUACCUUUUGAAGGCACAUUAUAUUAAUUUGAACGUUUAUAAUGCGCAAAAACGUGUUAUAUUUAUGGCUUCUUUAAAAAGAAGAUUUUAAAGUACCAAAUUAUCAGCUUGAAUUGGCAUGUUUGUGGUAUUCUUUUCAUACCGCAGAAGAAAAGUGAGUUGCGAAGGUAUGGGUGAUUUGAAAGUUAUAUUUACGUUUUUUUCCUUGGUUUGAUGUAGCUAGCUAACUAAAUUACUUUUUGGUGCCUAUGGCCACCAUGGAAAAUUAUUUUUGCUGUCAUCCUUCAAUCAAAUCAUUAGCUAGCUAGCUAGAUAGCUACCUCUAGCUACAGUCAGAAGAAAAUUCAAUUCAUAAUGAUUAACAAAACUCUUUUUUUAAAAUUUUAUUACACGAUUUUUAAAUAUUUCCUAAAACUCAAGUUGCUUCUUUUUUUUGUUGCAUCGUGGAAAUAAAUUUAAGUCACCAAUCCAAAACUAACGGGAAAAUACCUCUUUAUUCUUUAAGGUAUUUGCUCAUUUGUGGUUAAAAACUUUUGUACUUUUGCUACUAGGGUCUUUUUACUGAUAUAUGUUCUAAAUCUGAACUAUUUUAUCAAAUGGUGCCUUUACCUGGAAAUUCUACUUUGUUUACCUACUUUCGCUUCUUGUUAAAUUCUUCAACACUCAAACCUAUAGCAAUAAAUUUUUCAAGAAGUUAGCUUAUGUACGACGUGUGAAGUCACAAAUGACCAAUUGGACUUUUGUUCGAUAAUGGUGGCAACCGUUAAUGUAAUUAUUGUUUUUGUGAGAUUAAGUUUGGACAUAUAUAAAAUAUUUAAAAAAGAUAAAAAAAAACUGGCCAAAAAAGCCAUAAGUAUGAGGGCAACCUUGAGCAAAUUGUUAAGUACAAUUUGUACUUUCCAAAUGGAAAACAGUGCCUUCAAUUCUUGUCUUGGCCACAAAAAGUAGUGAUCUAUAUUUUAUGUGGUUAGCCUCAUUAAUUGCAAUAAAUUUACCGUGUCAAUUGUUCCAGGAGGGACAACAUGGCGGUUCUAGAGUGCUAAAAAGUUUCCAUUUGAGCUACAAAAACCCUUUAAAUUUCUGUUCAUUAAGGAACAGCUGUUAUAUGGGAUUGAACCCAUAUGAAUAUGAAGUGAACGCUCUACCGACUGAACUACCAAUCCCCAAAAGAAGACAACCCCCAAAGUAAACAGAGUUGCAUUACUUUAUUAAUUCUAUCAAGCAUGUAUCAAUCAUAUUGUAUUUAGUAAAUAAUUUUUGAGCACUCUUUCCCAUAAAAAGAUAUAUAUUUGUAGUUUAGAAAUUUAGCUCUAAAUAUCUUCUCUCAAAGGCACUGGAUUUUAAUGUAUUUAAAGACUUUACUAUAUAUAUAAUAUAAUAUACUAUAUAAAAAUGUUUUCUGUUUCUUUUUAGAUUGCGUACAAUGAGCGAGAGAUGUUAUCUUUCAAUAUGUGAGAUAAAAAAAAGAAGGCGAAACCUCAUCCCGCGUUGUUAUUGUUUUUCUGUCAAAAACUUGAAGCUGUUUUAUAAAUCUUGAUAAAGUUAAUAAAUUGUUUUCGUUUCUGUA